AUGGCUUGUGCUACUUUAAUACAAGAAUCUACUGGCUUUGAAAAAUUUGGUGUAAACUUGUAUCAGAACGUUGCUAGUUUCAACCGCGCAGAUGAAAAGAUUUUUAUCUCACCAGCCAGUAUUGCAUUCGGGAUUAGUAUGUGUGCUGUUGGUGCACGUAACAACACACUGAAUCAAAUUUUAUAUUCAUUUGGAGCAGCGAAAUCGAUCGACGAAUUAAACCAGACAGUCGAAGAAGUCAUGCAAAUUAUCAAGUCUGCUGAUGAGGAUAACACAGUUAAAUUAAAACUAGCGAAUCAGCUAUACAUUCAACAGGAUUAUCAACUACUCGAUGAGUAUUUGUCAUGUUUAAAACAGUUCUACUCAGCCGACAUAAAACUAACGGAUUUUGAUCGAAAUAAAGCCACAGCGGUUCGUGAAAUUAACGAUUGGGUUGCGCAAGUGACAAAUAAUUUGAUAAAAGAUGUUUUGAACGUUGACGAUGUUGAUCGCCAUGAACGAUUAGUUCUGAUUAAUUGCAUCUAUUUCAAGGGUACUUGGGUCAACAAAUUUAACAAGGAAUAUACGAUGCAAAAUAGUACUUUCACAUCGGAUAAUGGAAUCAUCUCAAAGAUCCCGUUGAUGUAUCAAAAACGAAGGUAUGCGUACAGUGAUGAUUCUACGCUACAAGCACAAAUCGCUCACAUCCCGUACAACAGUAAGAGAAAUUCAAAUCAUCAAUUUGUAUUCACCGUUAUUCUACCAAAACGGGGUGUUAAACUGAUUAAUAUCGAAAAAAAAUUGCUAGAUGGACAAUUAUUAAAACAAGCAUUAUCAAACAAAAGUCAGCAUGAGCUGAAUUUUUAUUUACCGAAGUUUAAAAUGGAAUGUCGGUUAGAUCUGAAUACAGUACUCAUGAAUUUGGGUAUUACAGACGCAUUUAAUCGGCAACAUGCAGAUUUCAGUGGAAUUGAACCAACAAAAGAAUUAUACAUUUCCCAAGUUGUUCAUAAAGCCUUUAUUGAUGUAAAUGAAACGGGUUCAGAAGCAGCUGCAGCAACAAGCAUUUCUAUGAGAAAAAAAGCAAAGCGUCUAUCUAAUCGACCAGAACCAAUUGAAUUUAGAUGUGAUCAUCCGUUCUUGUUUAUGAUUCGUGAGAUGAAUCGUGAUCUAACAUUAUUUAUGGGAAGAUACGUUUAA